CGUCGAUCCAAUUUUAGGGUUUCAAAAUUCAUUCUCUCUCUGCGAUUCGAUUUCUGGGGUUUCUGAUUUCUCUCUGUGAUCAAUCAUGGCGACCAACAACAGGGAGAGCAAUGUCCAGGAGGAAUCGAGCCCUCUCCUGAGCAAGCAAUUCGAGGAGAACCAGAAGGAUGCUGAGAAGCCCGCCAAGGCCUCGCCGGAGAAAUCGCCGACGGAUGUGGGGAAUGUGAAUGGAGGUGGUAAUGGGUGCGUGUGGACCGCCGAUGGGCUGCCGUUGGGGCACGGGAGCGUGAUGGGUGAGCCUAUGGGUCGGGCUCAGUGGGACUCCAGCAUCCUUGCUUGUCUUGGCCGUAAUGAUGAGUUCUGUAGCAGCGAUCUUGAAGUUUGUCUUCUUGGAAGUGUGGCUCCUUGUGUGUUGUAUGGAAGCAAUGCUGAGAGACUUGGAUCUGCUCCUGGGACGUUUGCAAAUCACUGUUUGCCAUACUCUGCUCUUUAUCUGAUUGGAAACACCUUUUUUGGUUGGAACUGCCUUGCACCGUGGUUUUCAUAUCCUAGGCGUACUGCGAUCCGCCGCAAAUUCAACCUAGAGGGCAGUUGUGAGGCACUUAAUAGGUCUUGUGGGUGCUGUGGUAGCUUUAUGGAUGAUGAGCAACAAAAGGAACAAUGUGAGACUGCCUGUGAUUUUGCAACACACGUGUUCUGUCAUCCAUGUGCUCUAUGCCAGGAAGGUCGUGAGAUCCGUCGCAGGCUGCCACAUCCUGGUUUCAAUGCUCAGCCAGUUCUGGUUAUGAUUCCUCCUGUGGAGCAGGCCAUGGGCCGUGGAGCUUGAGAAUUGAGAGCGUGUCCAUCCUGGCCAUUGGAUGCUCGUACUCUGUUUAUACGUAAGUGUGUUUUGAUAUCUGGAACUGUUGUUAAAGUGCAUUAACUUAUCGCUGAACCACAUCUUUUACUUGGUUUUCGUAAUCAAGUUUAAAUAAGAUAAAGAUGAAAGUUAUAAACUUUUGUGUAUAUGUAAUACGUAAAAUCUGUGGACGUGCUUGUUCGGUGGAUUCAGACUAUGAUUGAAACUUCUUUUUA